AAGUGCUGACCUUCUUGGUCUAUUAAGUUAUUAUAAACUUUUGCUGCUCUGCGAACGUAUAAAAAUGUCUCGCAGCCCUGACGCUAAGGAAGACCCUGUGGAAUGCCCUCUUUGCAUGGAGCCUCUGGAAAUUGAUGACAUCAAUUUCUUCCCUUGCACCUGUGGCUACCAAAUCUGUCGUUUCUGUUGGCAUCGUAUUCGCACUGAUGAGAAUGGACUUUGUCCUGCUUGCAGAAAGCCAUAUCCAGAAGAUCCAGCAGUGUACAAACCACUCUCCCAGGAGGAGCUGCAGAGGAUAAAAAAUGAAAAGAAACAGAAGCAAAAUGAGAGGAAACAGAAGAUAUCAGAGAAUCGCAAACAUUUGGCCAGUGUACGGGUGGUACAGAAGAACCUUGUCUUCGUGGUAGGGCUAUCUCAGCGCCUAGCAGAUCCAGAGGUUUUGAAACGACCAGAAUAUUUUGGGAAGUUUGGUAAAAUACAUAAAGUUGUCAUUAAUAACAGUACAUCAUACGCAGGCUCACAGGGUCCAAGUGCCAGCGCGUACGUAACCUACAUCCGGUCAGAAGAUGCCCUCAGAGCCAUCCAGUGUGUCAAUAACGUGGUGGUAGAUGGCAGAACGCUUAAGGCAUCAUUAGGUACAACAAAAUAUUGCAGUUAUUUUCUAAAAAAUAUGCAGUGUCCAAAACCAGACUGCAUGUAUCUACAUGAACUAGGUGAUGAAGCAGCCAGUUUCACAAAAGAAGAAAUGCAGGCGGGUAAGCACCAGGAAUAUGAACAGAAACUACUGCAAGAAUUAUACAAAUUAAACCCCAACUUUCUCCAAUUAUCUACGGGUACAGUUGACAAGAACAAGAACAAAGUGACAGCACUGCAGAGACCCAACAGUAAUAACAAAGAUGCCUGGCCAUCAUUACAGAGUUCAAGUAAAUCAGCCAACGGUUUAACAAUGGAACACAGGAAAACGCCUCCUAUAUUAGAAAAUGGCACAGACCCAGAACACAUGACUCCAGAUGGUGCAGACUCAGAUUUCGGCCCUAUCGAUAAACCUUCAGAUUCCCUCAGUAUAGGAAAUGGUGACAGCUCUCAGCAGAUAACAAACAGUGACACACCUUCACCACCACCUGGUUUAACAAAACCCAAUCCAGUUAUACCCAUCAGUUCAUCUAAUCACAGUGCACGGUCUCCUUUUGAAGGGGCUGUAACAGAAUCACAGUCACUCUUCUCUGACAACUUCCGGCACCCUAACCCCAUCCCUAGUGGGCUUCCUCCAUUCCCCAGCUCUCCACAGACUUCAAGUGACUGGCCCACAGCACCAGAACCACAGAGCCUCUUCACAUCAGAAACUAUACCAGUAUCCUCCUCCACAGACUGGCAAGCAGCUUUUGGGUUUGGUUCCUCCAAACAGCAAGAGGACGACUUAGGGUUUGAUCCCUUUGACAUCACCCGCAAAGCCUUAGCAGACCUGAUUGAGAAGGAACUGUCAGUCCAAGACCAACCUUCCCUUUCGCCCACAUCUCUUCAGAACCCUACCCCACACACUACAACUGCCAAAGGGCCAGGUUCUGGAUUCCUGCAUCCUGCUGCACCCACAAAUGCCAACUCUCUCAGUAGCACCUUUCCAGUCAUGCCACAGAGGUUUCCACAGUUUCAACAGCAUCGAGCAGUUUACAACUCCUUCAGUUUUCCAGGCCAAGCAGCUCGCUAUCCUUGGAUGGCCUUCCCACGCAAUAGCAUCAUGCACUUGAACCACACAGCAAAUCCCACCUCAAAUAGUAAUUUCUUGGACUUGAAUCUCCCACCACAGCACAGCACAGGUCUGGGAGGGAUCCCUAUAUCAGACAACAGCAGUUCUGUAGAGAGUUUAAAUAUGAAGGAAUGGCAGGACGGGCUAAGGGCACUUCUACCGAACAUUAACAUCAACUUUGGUGGACUGCCCAAUGCUUCUUCCCCCUCCAACGCCAACCACAGUGUACCAACGUCCAACACUGCCACCACCGACAGCCUGAAUUGGGACAGCCCUGGCAGCUGGAUGGACCCCGCAAUCAUCACAGGUAUCCCAGCCUCCACAGGAAACAGUUUAGACACCCUUCAAGAUGACAAUCCUCCACAUUGGCUAAAAUCUCUUCAGGCCCUCACAGAGGUGGACGGCCCCAGUGCAGCACCAUCACAGACGCACCACAGUAACCCCUUCGGCACACAGAUCCCUCUGCACAGAGCCAGUUGGAAUCCCUACUCUCCUCCUUCAAACCCCACCAGCUUCCAUUCCCCACCUCCAGGCUUUCAGACAGCCUUCAGACCCCCCAGUAAAACCCCCACAGAUCUACUACAGAGCUCAGCGCUGGAUCGUCAUUAGGAAAGGAGGAAAAAGAAAAAAGAAAAAUAAGACCCAAAACGUUAGAAAUGCAGGAAGUGUCCCACCCUGACUCCUCCCCAUGCCCACCUACUGUUCCCUGUCAUAUCUUUCUUUCUGAAGAACCCAGUUCCUGAUCAGACUUCCCCCCCAAAUGCAAUGCCAUCACAGGGUCAUGACCAUGCUUUUUAAGUUUCUGUAGAACCAGUGUUUAAAGUACACUGUUUGAAAUACAUUUUAACCAUUCUAAGAAAAAAAAAAAAAGAGAGAAAUCAAAAUGCAGUCUCAAUGUUUAAGGAGAAUAUUACUGUCUUACUUCUUUUGCACAUGAGUAUUUCUGCCUAGUGGAAAAGUGUCAAUCUGCAGUAGGGGGAAAAGUGCAAUGCAGAAUCAAAUGCAAGAACAUAAAAAUGGUAUUUAAUUUAAAUGAAGUUACUGAACAUGUGGGGCAAGCAGUGGCCCAGCAUUUAUUUUGCAUUCACUGUGGCACUACACAGGGAAAUUGCUAUGUUGGGGUUGGUUGGUUGUUUUUUUUGGUUUUUUUUUUUUUUUUGGUUGUUUUUUGUUGUUGUUGUUGUUGGUUUUUUUUUUGUUUUUUUUUUUUUUUUGUUUGGGUUUUUUUUUUGGGUUUUUUUUUGAGCAGGGGAUUUUAUUGCAUCAGUCAGAGUUUGACAUGAAGUGUGUUGAAAGACAAAACACUUAUAGCUAUGAGUAACUGGCAUGUUGCUAAAGAGUGUUUUAAAGAGGGAAGAAUAAGUUUUUUCUUUAAUUUUGGCUUUAGAUUUCAAGUAAACUUUAAUGUUUUAAAAGUAUUCACAGAUUUAAUACCUAGCGUAUACGUAAUAUAAGCAGCUGAAACACGAGUGAUAUUUACUUCAGUCUUUCUGUCUCCUCUGUCAGGCUCUCUUUUUUUUUUUUUUUUUUUUUUAAAAGACUCACCUGAUUAGGGCACUCUGGGAUAGCACUGCAUUGGGGCCACAUGAUCACCAUCAGGAGCAACCUCUGACCUCUGCCUGCAGCUUUUACUUAACCCUGUAGUUUCUGGACGUUUGUGCAGUAUUGAAAAGACAGGAAAAAAGAAACAGAUAAAUAAACAUGGUUAUAACCUGACGCUAAAACUAAAACCAAGGAAAUGUACCUCUUUCUUCAGAAUUAAAACUAAAAUCUUAAAUAAAACAGAAAACUUGAUGAUGACUUCAUGUUUGCUUUUUGGUCUUUUUAACCUUGAAUUCUUAGUUACUGCAUCUGGAAAAAAGCAUAUGCCAUUGCACGUUUGAGGUUUUCUUCUUAUUCAUCUAAACCAGAACUACUUUACCAUUGGAAAUACUUCUUUGUAUGGUAACUUUUUUAUUGAAGGGUGGGCAAAGCAUAACACUUCAGAUCUUUUAAAGAGAUUCUGCUAUCUUUACUCGUGGCAAUAGCUAGAGGUAGUCAGUCUCUGUUAUUGGUGGUAUCCUUUUAAAUCUGAAGCAUGAAA